AUGUUCUGCUUCACAACCUCUUUCUCUCUCUCAUGUAUUAUCUAUUACAUUCUGCUAAUAUAUUCUCUCUCUCUCUUUCUCUCUCUCUCUCUCUCUCUCUCUCUCUCUCUCUCUCUCUAUCUAUCUAUCUAUCUAUCUCUUUGUCUUGUUUCGUUCUGUUCAUACUUUGUAUUUCUGUUUAAUUCUGUUCAUCACUAUCAGUCUAUGUUCUGUUCAUGUCUAUUUAUCCGCCCGUGUCUUGUCCGUCUCUCUCUAUCCGCCCGUGUUCUGUUCGUCUCUCUCUAUCCGCCCGUGUUCUGUUCGUCUCUCUCUAUCCGCCCGUGUUCUGUUCGUCUCUAUCUAUCCGCCCGUGUUCUGUCUGUCUCUAUUUACCCGCCCGUGUUAUGUCUGUCUCUACCCGCCCGUGUUCUGUCCGCCUCUAUCCGCCCGUGUUCUGUCCGUCUCUAUCCGCCCGUGUUCUGUCCGUCUCCUCCCGCCCGUGUUCUGUUCGUCUCUCUCUAUCCGCCCGUGUUCUGUUCGUCUCUAUCUAUCCGCCCGUGUUGUGUCUGUCUCUAUUUACCCGCCCGUGUUAUGUCUGUCUCUACCCGCCCGUUUUCUGUCCACCUCUAUCCGCCCGUGUUCUGUCCGUCUCCAUCCGCCCGUGUUCUGUUCGUCUCUAUCUAUCCGCCCGUGUUUAAUUCUGUCUGCCUGUCUAUCGUUUCUUUUAUUAACUAA